AUGUCAUGUCCAUCCAUUGAACACAUUGAAAACAACAAACUCUUCACAGAUCUUCAAUACAGAUUCAACUAUGUUUGCAAAUUUGUUGGUUUUGGUGAAGAAGAUAUCAAAUACAUUCAUGAAUCAGCAUCUGUUUUGGCUCCUCUCGUUCCAACCAUUGUGGAUCGUGUCUAUGUGAAACUCUUCUCUUUCGAUAUUACGAAAAAGGUCUUCCUUAUUCGAAAUGAUCAAUUUUCAGGAAAGAUGGAAACUUCUCUCGAUGAAUUGAGUGACACUAAAUCGGAACAAAUUAAAUUUCGAAAAGACAUGUUGAGCAAAUAUUUGGUUAAAUUGGUCACUGCAGAUUAUUCAUCCAAAGGAUUUUUGAAUUACUUGGAUUGGGUUGGAAAAAUUCACACUGCCAAAGCUGGAAAUAAGAAGAUUAUUGUCGAUUAUAUUCAUAUCAAUGCAUUAUUUGGAUAUGUGAGUGAUGUUAUUUUCGAACUCUUGUAUUCAUGUACUCAAUUAAGUGAGGAACAACGAAUCAAGACCAUUCAAGCUUUCAACAAGUUGUUAUGGAUUCAAAAUGAUUUGUUUACCAAACAUUAUGUCCAUGAUGAGGAAAGAAAUGGAAUUGUUCAACCAAACAACAACAAGACUCAUUCAGAAAACAACAACAACAACGCCAACAACAAGACUCAUUCAGAAAAAGCCUCUUCGGGAGGAUGUUGCUUUGCUUUUGGUUCCUCCAAUGCAUCAUCUUCCGAUAAGACAAUCACUUCCAAACGAUCAUGUCCUCACGCAAGCAUCAUGUUGGGUAUGGCAAUGGGAAUGAUUGCAGUUGGCGCUUUUUUCUUGGGAAAGUAUUUUGCAUUGUAA